AUGAGCUUAAUAACGUUGUGGUGUGUUUGGUUGUGUUUGUGGGAAGUAUCAUGGGGAGCUGUAAAACAGUACAAGUUUGAUGUAGAGUACAUGUAUGGUGAACCAGAUUGCGUGGAGCAAGUUGUGAUCGGAAUCAAUGGUCAUUUUCCUGGCCCGACCAUAACAGCAGAAGAAGGAGACACCCUUCAUAUUAUUCUCACCAACAACCUAUUCAGAGAAGGAACAGUUCUUCACUGGCAUGGAAUUAGACAGUAUGGAACGCCAUGGGCAGAUGGAACUGCUUCCAUUUCUCAGUGUGCGAUAGCCCCAGGACAAACUUUUCAUUACAGGUUCACAGUUGAUAGGGCAGGUACAUACUUGUACCAUGGACACUAUGGUUUGCAGAGAACAGCAGGAUUGUAUGGUUCUCUGAUAGUGAAUUUAGCAAAGGGAAAGAAAGAAGCAUUUGACUAUGAUGGUGAGCUCAACCUUCUCUUGAGUGACUGGUGGCACAAAACAACACUAGAACAAGAGGUUGGUCUCUCCUCCAUCCCAUUCAAAUGGGUGAAUGAACCUCAGUCUCUGCUUAUAAAUGGAAGAGGACAAUACAACUGUUCGUUGGCAGCUAAUGUUAUGAAGACGUCCUUGUCUGAGUGCAAGUUCAAAGGCAAUGAAGAAUGUGCAUCCCAAACUUUUGAUGUUCAUCCAAACAAGACCUAUAGAAUUAGAAUUGCCAGUGCCACUUCCUUAGCAUCUCUCAACUUGGCCAUUGGGAAGCACAAAUUGGUGGUGGUGGAAGCCGAUGGAAACUACGUGAAACCAUUUACUGUUGAUGACAUAGACAUAUAUUCAGGUGAAACCUAUUCAGUUCUCCUCAGAACAAAUCAAGAUCCAAAGAAGAAUUAUUGGAUUUCAAUUGGUGUUAGGGGAAGAAAACCUAACACCCCACAAGGAUUAACUAUCCUAAAUUACAAAACAAACUCUGCCACAGUUCUUCCCACUUCUCCACCACCAAUAACACCACAAUGGGAUGAUUACAAUCGUAGCAAGACAUUCACAUACAAUAUUUUUGGCCUCAAGGGAACCCAAAAACCUCCUAAGUAUUAUGAUCGUAGACUUCUCCUUCUCAACACACAAAACCUCGUUCGUGGUUACACUAAGUGGGCCAUCAACAAUGUCUCCUUAACAUUGCCAUCAAUUCCUUACCUAGCCUCUGUUAUGUUUAACGUUAAUGGCUCCUUUGACACUAAAAUCCCUCCAAACACAUUCUCAGAGGGUUAUGACAUCUACAACCCUCCCCUGAACCCUAAUGCAAACACUGGUAGUGGGGUUUACAUGUUCCAGUUAAACCAAGUGGUAGAUGUGAUACUGCAAAAUGCCAAUGUAAUGAAGGGGCAAAACAGUGAGAUUCACCCUUGGCAUUUGCAUGGGCAUGACUUUUGGGUUUUGGGGUAUGGAGAUGGCAAAUUUCAACAGAGCGAUGAGAGAAAAUUCAACUUGAAGAACCCACCAUUGAGGAACAAUGUAGUGGUAUUCCCAUAUGGUUGGACUGCUUUGAGGUUUAGGGCAGAUAACCCUGGAGUUUGGGCCUUCCAUUGUCACAUUCAGCCUCAUUUAUACAUGGGAAUGGGUGUCGUUUUUGCUGAGGCUCUUUCAAAUGUUAAGCGAAUACCCAAUCAGGCUCUAGCAUGUGGCCUUCUUAGGAAUGUGUCAAUACAUAAGAAACAUAACUAA